AGCUCAUGGCGGCACCGUUGCCUCGGCUUCCUUUUCUCUCACUCAAGAUCUAAGGAAGUCGCAACCGAUCGCUUCAGAGCACUCACAUCUGAGUACACUCACAAGUAAUGGCGGCCCAAGACCUCUAUCAUCUUGGCAGCGCCGCACAGAAGCCUCUUCAAGUGCAAAAUCGAAACCAUUGCCGGAACCUGUGGUCGGCCACAUGGGUCGGCUGGUAUCCAAUGACGACCAGACAGCUAUGUUCGCGGGGUCGUCAACGGGCGUGCACUUCAUCAGUCAGGCUGAGCAGCAGUUGCAAAUAAUACGAAUCCAUACCGAAACAUUCCCGAGCAGCAUCUAUAGUCUCUAUCUUCACAACAUAUGGGGUCCGUCGCCUAAGGAUACCGAGUCGCAGGUUGUCGCCGCUAUGAUAUCCCAACUUCCGCUUGACGCCGCUGGGAUACUCGAAACGACCAUCGACCAUUGGACACCACUUUACCCAAUUGUACAUAAACAUUCUACCGUCGAGGCUCUACGUCGCUUGAUCGGAGACCCUGAACACGGCGAUAUCAGUUUGCUGUCCCAGAUUCUAGGUUUACUUGCUCUGGGAACAUUGGGACAUCCAGGCUCCUGUGUCCAGAGUCAUCAUCAUUUUCUUUGCCAUUCUGAGAAAUAUUACGCAAUGUCCGCUGCGUUGACGAAUCAGCUUCAAGAGCGACCGUCGUUACCGACGCUUCAAGGGUUGGAGAUUGCCCAGAUCUAUCUCCAGCUAUCGUCUCGCUACUCAGCUGCUUCGCAACUAGGAGGGAUGGCUACAAGAAUGGCACAGAACCUUGGACUCCACCGACACUCCCAGAGGUUCAAAUUCGAUCCUUUGGAGACAGAACUCCGGCGGCGCGUGUGGUGGUGUCAAUAUUCUCUCGACACAUUCUCCAGCGCCUACCACGGGAUGCCAAGGUUGAUACGCGACCAGGAUGUGGACACAGAUCUACCCUCCCGUCUUGACCACGACCAAGUAUCGCGUGAGAGCGUGGCUUUCCCCUUACCCGGCGAACGGUCCCAAGUUGACACGGCUCUCUGCAUGUUCAAACUCGCAGUCAUUGUAGGAGAAGCCCUAGAGAAAUUGUAUUCGACGACUAGACGGCGCGGCGGUAUCGUGAAAAUCACACAACUGCAAGCCGAACUCACAAUGUGGGAGCGAAUGUUGCCAACGGACAAGGUCGCAGACUUGGAGGACGAGGGCGUAGACUUACCGCCGGCGGUUACGAUCGACACCUUCCAGGUAGCUUUCCUACGCGCUGCAUUUUGCAAUGCCACGGUGCACGUCCAUCGGCCUGCGCUUGCUUUCACAACCGCUGACCCUCAGUUUCACGUUUCUCUGCUGGCCUGCGGUCGUGCUUCGGGUGAGCUUAUCAGACUGACUGCUGCGAUUGUGUCAGAUUCAGUCGUGGAGAUGGCAACUCCAAAAAUUGACUCGAUCAUCAUUGCGCACCUCUAUCCAAACGGGUUGCAUAUGUUGUGGCAGGCAGGUCUGACGAUAUUGUUUGCCAGAUGGAAGGGUCAAACCCUUGCUGGCGACGAGGAAGACGAAGACUUGGUCAAGACAUGCGCUUCGACGUUGCGUCAUUUGAGAGCUGAUGACUCCAAUAUGUACAUCACUCAAUGUGCCGAGGUUCUCGACAUGCUUCAGAUAAAGACAUUCUCAGCUAGAGAAACCCAACAGCCUGCUCUUGACCAGCUGCAAUGGAAUGUCUGGGAUUGGCCCAUGGCGUCAGCGCUGGAGCUCGCGAAUACCUUGGAUGCAAUGCCGCUGGAUCUUCAAUUCGAACCAAGCAUGGGGUUAUAAGACUUUGCUAUCAACCUCAGCUGUAAGUGGGCAAAGUGUCUUGGUGUACCAUCACGAUGUGGAUGACCUGCGUAAGUGGGACCCAGGCUACAAACACAUUGCCAAGUGCGAAUUAUGUUGAAGAACCCAUUUUUCAGUCGUCACAGCGGCCGUGUUGAGGGCUUUAGAAUUGAUGGGCUAUGGAUGGCCCGGAUAGGACAAAACUGACAAUGUGUUCGCCCUUGUUGGUUGACGGGGUCGUAUACGACAAAUAGUGGUAGCAAU